AUGUCAUCAGAUCAACAACAACAACUGCAACAGCAACACCCAGGACAACUUAAUAAACAUGAUUACAAUGAAAUGGUCGCUUGUGGUACCGUUGAGAAGUUGAUUCUAAGUCCGACAUCACUCUUGGAUCGACCGAGCCAACUACCCCCUAAAUCACAAGAAGAAAUACUAAAACAUCAAAGAGAAUAUGAAGAGAUACAAAAGAAAGCUAAAAAGAAAUUGGAAAAAGAAGCAAAAGAUAAAGAACGUUUAGAUAUAUUAAGAAAAGAAAAAGAGAAAGCAUUGAUUGAAGCAAGAAAGAUAUGGGAAGACGAUAUCAUUCCAAAUUGGAAAAAGAAAGAUGUAAAAAAGAUAAAGGAAAUUUCUUGGAGAGGAUUGCCACCUGCUGUGCGUGGAAAAGUUUGGAAGCUAUCGAUUGGCAACGAUCUGAGAAUUACGAACGAUCUCUUUAAUAUUUCGUUGGGUCACGCCAACAAUGCUCUGCAUGUGUACAAUAAGAAUAACGAUAGAAUGACAUUCCUCGGUGCAAUGUUCCUCCUAAACAUGGAUAAAUACGAUUCAUUCCAAUGUCUAUCCAAUCAUAUCAACAAGAAUUGUUUCCUUCCAUUUUUCAGACAUGAUCAAUCAGGUAUGACGAAAUAUUUAAAUGCAAUGGAUAAUACGGUGGAAGCGUUACUACCGAAAUUACAUAGACAUUUCAAGGAGAUUGGAAUUUCAGCUAAAAAUUAUCUGAUGGAUUGGAUCACCACUCUGUUUUCAAAGGCGUUACCACUCGAUAUCGCUACACGUAUUUGGGAUUUAGUGUUCUUGGAAGGCGAGAUAUUUGUAUUUAGAACAUCACUUGCAAUCCUACGAAUGUUCCUCUCGGAUUUGGAAACAGCAAACUACGAUCAAUGCAUCGAUCUAUUCACACAACUACCACAACGAAAAAUACAAGAAGACCAAUUCUUUGAGGAGAUCUCAUCGAUCGUAUUGGAUCAAAAGAAAUUUGAUAAACUUUUAGAAUCAAAAUAA